AUGAAUGGUGUGAUCAAGAAGGAGCGCUUGGACCAGAAAAGUACACCAAGUGGCAAUGAGGAAGAAAAGGCACCCAAAGAAAAGUCUGCCAGUGAAGUGAGAGAUAGCACCAAGCUCCAGCCACCCCCCUUUGCGGAGAGGAAGAACGUUUUACAGCUACGGCUUCAGCAGAGAAGGACUCGUGAACAGCUGGCAGACCAGGGCAUUAUGCCACCACUGAAAAGCCCAUCUGCAUUCCAUGAACAACGAAAAAGUCUGGAGCGAGCCAAGACUGAGGAUUAUCUCAAGCACAAGAUCAGAAGCAGGCCUGAGCGAUCAGACCUCGUCAAUAUGCACAUUUUACAAGACUCAGCUGCAGAGGGGUCCAUUCAAUCUACUCAAAUGAAGCUGAAAAGAGCCCGACUGGCAGAUGAUCUCAAUGAAAAGAUUGCCCUCAGGCCAGGUCCUUUGGAGCUGGUGGAGAAGAAUAUUAUUCCUGUCGACUCAGCUGUGAAAGAGGCCAUAAAAGGUACCCAGGUGAACUUCUCCAAGUCAUCUGAUGCAUUUGCAUUCGAGGAGGACAGCAGCAAUGACGGCCUAUCCCCGGAGCAGGCCAGGAGCGAGGACUCCCAGGGCUCCACGGAAUCAUCAGCAGGCACUAAGCCCUCAGAACCAGCUUCUUCUGCCCCCUUGGGGACAUCCCAGGAUCAGCCCCCCGGCGCUGACAGCACCGCACAGGAGCUCAACUCGGCGCCGGGCAGCCAGUGCGACAGCCCCAAGCAGGACAGCCCGCCGCUGCCCGUGCCCUCCGUGGUGAAGUCUAAAUCAUCCAGUGAUAGCAAGAACCGUCACAAAAAGCCCAAGGACACCAAGCCCAAGGUGAAGAAGCUGAAAUAUCACCAGUACAUCCCUCCGGACCAGAAGGCAGAGAAGUCUCCUCCACCCAUGGACUCUGCAUAUGCCAGACUCCUCCAGCAGCAGCAACUCUUCCUGCAGCUCCAGAUUCUCAGCCAGCAGCAGCAGCAGCAGCAGCAACAGCAGCAGCAGCAGCACUUCAACUACCCAGGGAUGCACCAAGCCCAACUAAAGCAAUCAAAUGAGCAAAUGGUCAAAAAUUCAAAUUCUUCAUCAUCUUCUGUUAACAACACCCCUCUUUCUCCAGUGAAAACCACCUUUUCAGGCCAGAGUUGUGUAUCAUCUGUCAAGCCAGGUCCUCUGCCAUCUAACCUGGAUGAUCUGAAAGUGUCAGAACUGAGACAGCAGUUGCGAAUAAGAGGCCUGCCUGUAUCCGGUACCAAAACAGCAUUAAUGGAACGGCUGCGGCCCUUCCAAGAGUGCAGCAACAACACAGUACCCAAUUUCAGUGAGAUAACAACUGUCACCUUCCCAGUCACUCCAACGAGCACCUUGUCAAGUUAUCAAUCGCAGUCUUCCACCAGCAUGUUAUCAAACGGCUUCUACCACUUUGGCAGCACAAGCUCCACCCCACCCAUCUCCCCAGCCUCCUCUGACCUGUCUGUGAGUGGCUCUUUGCCAGACACAUUCAACGAUGGGCCCAUGUCUUCCCCACAGUUUGGUCUGCAGCCAUCACCGGUCCACGGCAGCGCUGAAGAAAGCCUGAUGAGCAGCAUGAAUGGAGGGAGCAUUCAGCUGGAGCUGGAAGGGAUUGACACAGAGAAAGACAAGAUGCUGGUGGAGAAGCAGAAGGUCAUUAAUGAACUGACAUGGAAGCUGCAGCAAGAGCAGAGGCAGGUUGAAGAGUUACGGAUGCAGCUGCARAAACGGAAGAGAAGCAAUGGCCUUGAGGAUAAGCAACAGUCUGCUCAGCAUUUCUUUGGGGUUCCCAUCAAGCAAGAAAACACAGUGUCCAGCUGCCCGUUUGCAUCCAAACAAACUGCCUUGAAGGGCCAAGCCAGCAGCUCGGAUAAGUUAAGUAACUGUGGGGUGCCGCAGCUGCCUCACAUUGUAAAUAGCCACUGCUUGGAGCCUGCAGGCCAGAGCACCAUCACCUCCUCGACAUUCCUCAGCCCGCAGUGCUCUCCCCAGCACUCUCCGCUCGGGGCUGCAAAGAGCCCCCAGCACAUCAGCCUGCCGCCGUCCCCUAACAGCCACUAUCUCCUCUCGGUGUCCCCCAGCUCGCAGGCAGAAGGGCGCAGCGGGUCCCCGCAGACCAGCAAUUGCCUCCGCACAGCAUCGAUGGCUACGCAGGCAGGUCAAAAGUUUUCUAUUCCAUCCCCAAGUUUUUGUAAGUCAAGCCCAGCCCUCUCAGAGGUAAAGCAGCCUCCACCCUAUGAGGAUGCAGUGAAGCAGCAGAUGACACGAAGUCAGCAGAUGGACGAACUCCUGGACGUGCUGAUUGAGAGCGGAGAAAUGCCAGCCAAUGCCAAGGAAGAUCGUUCCUGCCUCCAGAAAGUACCUCAGAUAACAGUGUCUACAGGGAACUCCAGCACUUCGCUCCCCAAAUCAUCUGCCCCCUUUGAACAGGUCUCCUCAGCCCAGCUCUCAUUUGAGCACUGUCCAGGCAGCAGCGACACUCACCUCGAAGUCUUACUGAACGCUCACAGCCCGCUAGGGAGAGUCGGAGAAAUUGCCCUGCUGAAGAUGGGAGCAGAAGAGCCCCACUUCGAAGGGAUGAUAGAGGGGUUCUCUGGCAAAGCCACAGAUGAACUGCUCACCUCCCAGGAGAUUUUACAGACUCCCCUUUCACCCAUGGAAACCCAGCUCUCCCCUUCUCCUGCUGACGGCUCUGGUUUACAAAUGAGUUUCACUGAAUCUCCAUGGGAAACAAUGGAAUGGCUGGAUCUAACCCCUCCCAGCUCUGCCACGGGCUUUGGCUCUCUUACCCCUGCAGGUCCCAGCAUCUUCAACAUUGAUUUCUUAGAUGUUACUGAUCUUAAUCUAAACACCAGCAUGGACCUUCACCUGCAGCAGUGGUGAAAGGGAGGGUGGUGGAAGCAGGAUACUGUAUGCCCACAGCAGCCAGCACAGUGUUUCCAUCACACCAGAGAACCCACAGGGCUAAAGUGUCACAUUCAGGAGAAACUGGAGUCAUUUUCCAUGCAUAUAAACUUGUACCAAUUUCCAGGUACUGAGAAUUGACAACACAAUAGCUCUGGUGCUUUGGUUUUCCUCCAUCUACACAUCCUCACUGAGGGUGCCAGUGCCUUUAAAAACACUUUUUAUAGACUGACAAUUUUCUAGAAAUUC